UAGAAGGCUAGAAGUGCAGACAGGACAGAAGGACAGAAAGGGUGCAGACCAUAGACUAUGGUGCAGACGACGUCCCCCGGAAGCUGUUGUUCUUCUUCGUGGCAGGAGGAGGCUGUUGCUUAGUGCCACGUUGAUGGAGUCCAGUGGGGACGUGGAAAUCUGUCUUGAGUUCGUAGCCCGGACCCGGUAGCUUCUUCUUGUUUCCACAGCUGCUAACCCCGAAGCAGAACCGAAAGGGGAACCUGUAACAAUUACGGCUGGAGGGGCGUUUGUGUUUGUCACCUAUUUUAUGUGUGCGUUUGUGUAAGAGGGAGCAAAGAAGGUAAAGGAUGAAACUUAAAGAAAUCAACCGCACAGCCAUCCAGAGCUGGAGCCCUGCACAGCACCACCCCAUCUACCUUGCAACAGGAACAUCAGCCCAGCAGCUGGAUGCCUCCUUCAGCACCAAUGCCUCCUUGGAGUUUUUCGAGCUGGACUUGACUGAGCCAUCUCUGGACAUGAAGUCGUGCGGCAGCCUCUCCUCCUCUCACAGAUACCACAAACUGGUUUGGGGUCCCUAUGGGAUGGAUGGCCAAGGUCACCCAUCUGGGGUCCUUAUUGCAGGCGGCGAGAACGGCAACGUCAUCCUGUACGACUCUGCAAAGAUCAUGGCUGGAGAGACCGACGUGAUCAUUGCUGAGAGUGACAAGCACACAGGACCAGUGAGAGCUCUCGACGUCAACCCGUUCCAGACAAACCUGGUUGCAUCAGGUGGGAAUGAGUCUGAGAUCUAUAUCUGGGACAUGAACAACUUUGGCUCUCCAAUGACACCAGGACCUAAAACUCAGCCUGUGGAAGACAUCAGCUGUGUGUCGUGGAACAGACAGGUCCAACACAUCCUGGCCUCUGCCAGUCCGAGCGGCCGAGCCUCGGUGUGGGACCUCCGCAAGAAUGACCUCAUUAUUAAAGUUAGCGACCACAGCAACCGAAUGCAUUGCUCGGGGCUGGCUUGGAACCCAGAAGUGGCCACUCAGCUGGUCUUGUCAUCGGAGGACGAUCGGAUGCCAGUCAUCCAGAUGUGGGACUUACGUUUUGCUACGUCUCCUUUCAAGAUUCUAGAGAAUCACACACGGGGCGUCCUGGCCAUCGCCUGGAGCUUGGCUGAUCCUGAGCUGCUCCUGAGCUGCGGGAAGGACAACAGGAUUCUGUGCUGGAAUCCAAACACAGCAGAGGUUCUGUAUGAGUUGCCCACCAGCAAUCAGUGGUGCUUUGACAUCCAGUGGUGUCCCAGGAACCCCGCGGUGCUGUCGGCUGCGAGCUUUGACGGACGCAUUAACGUCUACUCCAUCAUGGGGGGCAGCAACCAGGCGCAGAGCCAGAGACACGCUGACCAGAUUAGCAACUCGUUUGGGAACAUGGAUCCUUUUGGGACAGGACAAACUUUGCCCCCGCUGCAGCUGCCCCAGACUCCUGCCCCGCCAGCUACAGUCAACCCCCUGAAGAAGCCACCCAAGUGGAUCCGCAGACCUGUAGGAGCCUCGUUUGCUUUUGGUGGGAAGCUGGUGUCUUUGGAGAACCCAAAGCCGAACCCGCAGCAGCCUCAGCAGCCCGCUUCACACGUCGUACACGUCAGCCAGGUUGUUACAGAAACGGCCUUUUUGAAGCGCUCCGAUCAGCUUCAGGCCACUCUGAGUGCAGGCAGCUUUGUGGAUUUCUGCCAGGGGAAGAUCGAUGCAGCAGAAAAUGAGUUUGAAAAAACUCUUUGGUCUUUCCUCAAGGCUAAUUUUGAAAGUGAUAUCCGAAGCAAGUACCUGGAACUUCUGGGGUACAACAAAGAGGAGCUAGCCUUAAAGAUUUCAGCAGCACUAGAAGAAAAGCCUGCUGACCCGCCGCAGGUGGAGGUGCCCGCUCCAGCCAGCCUGCAGCCUUUACCAGACAUCAGCCUCGUGCCGCCUUCUGACACACCAGAGGCAGCGUUCGCAGCUGCAGUCGUGGCGCCUGUGGACAAUCCCGAGGCAGCUUUUGACAUGAUUGCUGCCGCAGUCGUGCCGCCCACUGACACUCCCAAAGCAGCCUUUGACAUGACAUCUGCAGCACUCGUGCCGCCUGCUGACACUCCCGAGGCGGCGUUCGACAUGAUUGCUGCCGCAGUCGGGCCGCCUGCUGACACUCCCGAGGCGGCGUUCGACAUGAUUGCUGCAACAAACCUUCAGCCUGCUACAACCACGAUGGAAAUAGACUCCAUUCCUGACCCUGAAGAGCCAGCAGCAGCAGCAGCAGCAGAUCCAGAGGAUGCUCCUACCACCGAGCCGGAAGAAAAUGUGGACCAGGUUCUUCCAGAGGAGGAAGCAGAGGAAGAGGAGAUCCCCUUGGAGGAGGAAGAAGAGGAGGAGGAGGAGGAGGAGGAGGAGACGGCAGCACCGGUGGAGGAGGAGCGCAGUCCUCCUGAGACCUCAGCUCCAGCUCCGUCCCCGGCUCAAGCUCCAGCUCACACUCCAGCCCCAGCCCUCACAGAUGGAGUCAGUCUCAGCAUCAGUCAAGAUGUAGACGGGCUGAUCACACAGGCCCUGCUGACCGGAGACUUUGAGGGAGCUGUGGAGCUCUGUCUCCAUGACAACCGGAUGGCAGACAGCAUCAUCCUGGCCAUCGCCGGAGGUGUCGAGCUCUUACAGAAAACCCAGAAGAAGUAUUUUAUGAAAACGCACAGCAAGAUAACCAAGCUGAUCAGUGCAGUGGUGAUGAAAGACUGGCAUGACAUCCUGAAGACAUGUGACCUGCAGAACUGGAAGGAGGCGCUGGCUGCGGUCAUGACCUACGCUCAGCCCGAGGAGUUCUCCGCCCUCUGUGACCUUCUCGGGGGCAGACUGGAGGCAGCAGAGGAUGCCCAACUCCAAGCCCAGGCCUGUCUGUCUUACAUCUGUGCUGGAAACGUGGAGAAACUUGUGUCUUGCUGGACCAGAGCACAAGACGGCCACUGUCCACUCUCUCUCCAGGACCUGGUGGAGAAGGUGGUGGUGCUGCGGCGUGCAGUGGAGCAAACCCAGCGCUCUGGUCCCACUGCUAUUGGCAUCCUGCUUGCUGAGAAGAUGAGCCAGUAUGCCAACCUGCUGGCCUCCCAGGGCAGUCUGUCCACCGCCAUCACCUACUUGCCUGACAACACCAACCAGGUUUCCGUACAGCAGCUUCGUGACCGUCUCAGUCGGGCUCUGGGGCAGCAAGCGGCGGCGGCAACUGCUCCUACAGCGCCGGUACAAAACCAAAGAGCUCAGCCGCCUGCCCCGACUCAGCGCACCUCGCAGCACGCCUCGGCCCUGCCCCAGCGUACGUUCACUCCGAUCCAGCCCGCCAUGGGGCCUCAGCCCACUGCAGCAGCUCCGGUGCCCAUGCUGACGCCGGCUGCCUCGGCCCCUGCACAGCCACAGUAUUACCAGCCGGUGAGGGCUACCUCCACUGUCACCUCCUGGAGUAACCAAACUCCCACCGCCCUCCCCAAUGUCCCUCCUACUCCUCUUCAAGUAGGCAGAGCCUCAGAGCAGCAGGUGGAGCCUUCAGGCCCCAUGUAUGGGAUGCAACCGUCCUGCACAGCUGCUCCACCUCCAGCCUCCUCCACUUCUGGGUACAUGUACUCCCAUCAGUACCAGCCCUACCCCCAGGUCAGCCAGUAUCCACCUGGAGCUGGGGGGGCGUCUAUCUAUCAGCCUCUUCAGUACUCCUCCGCUGCUGCUCCUCCUGCAGAGCCCCCUGGCUUUCUCUCUCAGUACACACAGCCGGCCUCUCCGGUCUAUCCCGGACAACCUCCCAUCAGCCAGUGCCUGUCCUCCUCUCCUCCCUCCCAUCCUCCUUUCUUUCCCACCGCCUCCUCCUCCUUUUCCGCUCCUCCGUCCUCCGGAGCGUCUUUCCAGCAUGGCGGGCCAGGAUCUCCUGUGUCGUACAUGCCUCUUCCUCCACCGAGCGGAGUCUCAGGGCCUCAGAAUGGCUGGAAUGAUCCUCCGGCACUGAACAGACCAUCAAAGAAGAAGCCGGCUCCAAUGAACUACGCCCCUCCUGCUCCCAUCAUGGCUCCGCUGGGCGCUGACCCUCAGGCCCAGCCGGUACCCUCUGGGCCCCCUCAGGCCAUGGGCCAGGGCCCGCAUGGAGCCCAGGUCCCCUACUCAGGCAUGCAGCAGCAGCAGCUCUCCCCUCCACCCAUGAACCCUGCAAUGCCCAAGACCAGCAUGGAGGGGGCACCAGGAGCGCCUACUGGAGAUGUUAUACAGCCUCUGCAGUCCAUCCCUGCUGAGAAGAUCAUGAAGAAGCCCAUCCCCGAUGAGCACCUUGUCCUGAAGACCACGUUUGAGGGGCUCAUCCAGAAGUGCUUGGCUGUAGCUGCCGACCCUCAAACCAAGAGAAAGCUUGAUGAUGCCAACAAACGUCUGGAAGCGCUCUAUGACAAACUUAGAGAGCAGACACUCUCUCCCGCCAUCGUAGGAGGACUUCACAACAUGGCGAGGAGUAUAGAGGCGCGGUCCUACGCCGAGGGCCUCAACAUCCACACCCACAUAGUCAGUAACAGCAACUUCAGCGAGACGUCAGCGUUCAUGCCCGUGCUCAAGGUGGUGCUGACACAGGCCAACAGACUCGGGGUGUGAUCGGGCAGAGAGUCCUCGGAGUCUUUGACCGGUGGACGAGGCAGAGUGAGUGGUCAGUGGUCAAGCUCGUUUCACAGGGAGCAGUGCAAAUGACGAAGAAUUCUGAGAUGUAUGAAAAUCCUGUUAAAGUCGUCUUUGUGCCAUUCAUGUUUUCUGACGCAACCCAAACACAAGCCAUGCUAUCAGUCGCACUCAGUGGUGAAAGUAACGUCUGAGCCCUGUGCAAACGAACCGCACACAAAGAAUAAAGGGCUAGAGACUAUUUUUAUUUAAAUACCACCUUAGGUUACAUGUACACUUCCACAUUUGGUUUAAAAAUGAUUAUCUUUUGCUUUGUUCACGCCUUGCGUACUACUACGUAACUACUCCGAUGUUUCAGAGCCCCUAAAACGGACACAUUUGAAAACACUGCUCGUUUUGGUUUUGGUUUGAAAACUGCGUGGCUGCGUUGUAGUCUGGACGGCACUAACGGAGACCAAUGAACGUCAGUCAGUCUUAUUCGUAACCUUUCAGCAACGGUUCCACCUCGUCGUCGACUGCUCUUACUUUUCACCAUUGUUGUUCUUUCUCCGAAGUAUCAUCUGUAUUUUCAAAUUAUACAUCAAUGAUUUGAACCGCAGAGUAACAGACAAUCUUUCUGUUCACACCGGCAUGCACAUGCCCAGAGUGUGUGAAUGGUCAUGUGAUAUGUGUUGUCAGACGUGUAAAUAUGGACGGAGAGGAGUUCUUUUAGUCUUAGAACGCUGCUUAAAAAUGAAAACAGUAGUGUAGAUGUAGCCUUAAUCUGCCAACUUGCUAACCAGUUACACAAAACAUUUGUGUAAAUGUUAAUUAAAAGUUGCAAUAAAUAUGCAGUAAUUUGUGUUGAAGCAAAUUAAAUCUCCUAAAUGGCAAGCAAAAUAUAAGGAAGCUUUAGCAUAUAGAAUAAGGACAUAAUUAAGGCAUUUAUUGACCGACAAAAGUAGGAAAAGCAACGGGAAAUUCAGGAAUUUUAAGGGCAUUACUUUCUAUUUGUGUUGAGAUAAUCAAAAUAAAUGUAGUAUGGUUAAAGUUAAAUCUUUUGGCUCACAACUGCACAAACAACAAUUAUUUAAGGAAUAUUAGCUUGUUCAUCUUUAUAGUCUUUUGAUAUUUGUGCGCUAAAUUAAUGCUCAGAUGUCUUUUUUUAUAAUCCAUAAAAAGUACAAAAUCAUGCUUUUUUUUUUUUUUUUUUUUUUUUUUUUACAUAUAAAUGCAUAAUUGCCUGAACGCUGUUUUCCAACAGACCUGCAAAUGAAGCAUUUCAUAGAAAGAUUUAUUUUUUUAAACGGGCAUUAGAUUGACUGACUUAAAACUGUAGGGCCCUAUCUCGCACCCAGCUUAGCACAAAGCUCAUCGCAAGUGUCUUUGCUAGUUUAAGACUGACGCAGUUGUCAGUUUCCCGUCCAGCGCUUACAUCGUU